CAGGCGUGGACGUUCAGGGGAACCAUGACAGUCAGCGCGGAUGCGUGCUUGGAAUUGUAGCUUUCGUCUUUUGCUCGCAAGGACCUCCUCAUCCCCGAGACGGUGGAAGAAGGAGCCGAAAUGAGUACCAGAGUGAGCAGAACAGAGCCCUCAACGUGAAGGUCAGCUGCUAACGUCUUUAAGGGAGACGGAGGGUUUCUCUUGACGUUUCCAAAGCGACACCAAACGACAGUCCAGGGUUGCCAAACAAAACGCAUCAUUCACUGUCAAGCAGAGAUAACAGCUGGAGCUGAGUUGCUUCUCUGGAGCCUGUCAACACGUCGGCGGACCCCUGCCUGAAUGACCAGCCUGCUUUGCUGUUAGACAUCUUGAAACCAAAGCACCUUUCCAAAAACUUCUAAAUGCUGGUGAUUGUGGGUGUCAGCUUCCUUCUGGUUCCACUUCAUAGCAUCUGCUGUUGCUCAACAGUUUCUCACCUCGUAGGAGCGGCAGGAAGCUCUAACGGUUAACAAGACUUCUUCUGCUGUGUGGGUAUUACGCUAGCACAUGUUCUGCUGGAGUUUACUUGAGUGAGACACUAAAUCUAAAUCAGCUCUAGGAAUGCUUUGUGGCAUACUUUGACCUCUGAUGUCUCUGUGGAUAAAGACAGCUGAAAACAGAAUUUCCCUGCCGGAAUUGUCACACUCUUAAAUAUAGUGCUGGUAGAAGACCUUGAGUCUAAGGUUAGGCCUCUCUAGCUCCCCUCCCCUUUGAUACCCCCUGUACCAUGCUGGCUGCCAUCCUGCGAAAGAAUAUGUCCCAGAAGUUGAGUGUGCUGCUGCUGGCAUUUGGCCUGGCGUGGGGACUUAUGUUGCUGCACUACACUGUGCAGCAGUCUCACCAUCAGAGCAGUGCUGAGCUACGUGAGCAGAUCCUGGAGCUGAGCCGGCGAUACGUCAAGGUCCUUACAGAGGAGAACCAGAAUGCACCAGGUGGGCUGCAGGGAACCUCCAUGGCUGGUUAUGCUGAUCUGAAGAGGACUAUAGCCGUGUUGCUGGAUGACAUUCUGACACGGCUGGUCAAACUGGAGGGGAAAAUUGAAUUAAUGGUCAAUGCCUCCUCCACUAACACCUCCCACACAGCAGGUGGCAUCCUGACCUCUGCUCCCGCUGCCCUACAGAAGGCUUCAAAGCAGGAGACACCUGGCAGCCACCCAGGGAUGGCACGAUUUCAUCCACACAUCCGUAAUAGGCCACGACCACAUCAGGGAGCAUAGUUUCAUAGUUUUAUGUUUUUAGCACAUCAUGCUUGAUGUAACAACAUCAGACAAAUGAAAAGCAAUAGGGAGACAUGGACAUCCAGACACUUAAAAUGGGGGAUGCGUCUCAGAAAUGUUUACCCAGCUCAGAGGGAGGAAGGACGAUACCUUUAUGCUUUGUGCCAUCACAUGCUGACACACACUCACAUUUAUAUAUAUGUAUAUAUAAUUUUAAUUACUCAUUUUAUUUGGCUUAAAUGUUUUCUUUUUUUGCUAUAUGACUGUGAUGUGUUUGCACAGAUUGAUAUGAACACUCUUGGAACUAAAUCUCAUACACUUUGUCCUGAAAAUGGCUUAAAAUGCUCGUCCAUCUGCUGUACAUUGUAAACAGCUGUAGAAUACUGCUUCAGCAUAUUAAAAUGCUGAACUAAAACAUACAGUCAUGAUAAUUCUUCUUUUAGCUCCCAGAUAAUGUAAUUACAUUAUGGUUUUAAGGAUAAUAGAACAGUAUAGUUCACUUGUAAGAGAUCCAAGGAAUGUUAUUAGCACUCCAACUGAAGGCAAUAUAAAGGUGUAUUUUCAAAUGUUUUUGGGUAGUUUGAAGUUUAUAUAGAAUAUGCCACUGUAAAUAUGAGUGUGUGGGUGUUGACAAAUGUUUAAAUUUAGAUACUGAACAGAUUGAAUGUACUAUGUGGUCAGUAUUUACCCUAGUACUGCUGUUAAAAUGACUGGCCUACUGCUUACACAUGUUCAGGGCUCAUGCUGCACUGUGACUCUAUAGAUCUUCAAAAACAACUGGGCUCAUAACAACUUUGACUUUAGCAGUAUUUUAAUUUCUGGAAUAGUCACUCUUCCAGCUUUCCAGCUGGUCCUGAGUGUUAUGUCUGUAAUACCGAGAAACAUUUGUUGGAAAAUUUUGAAUUAGCUCAUCGUGAUCCUAUUAAACAUGAUAACUUUGUUUUGCUAUAAAUGGGGCCAAUACUUUCAUCAAUCUUACUUUAGGAUUGUAGGAGGCAAAUUUAUUGUGGAUGGUAUACUAAAAUAUGUGAAAAAUUGCCAUUACAUUAUAAACUAGUAGUCAUUACUGCCCAUUUCAUAUUGUUGCUCACAUGUUAACAGUAUUUUGGGGUACCAACUGUGACUGUUUUACAUUGAGUGAUACCAUGCUUGUACUUUGCAUCAGAAUGCUAAAGUGGUAAAGAUGUUAAGCCUGUGUGAUGCUGUUCAAAAGCUUUAGUGAUUGACCU